CUGACGCUAACUGACAAGCAAAUAAACAAUAAACUUUGAAACUCUUACUAGAUAUUGAAAUAAAUAUAUAAAAUAGAACAAUUGAAAAUGCGCAAAACAUGGGUAAAACGUGAAAAUAUUUACUACAAGCCGUUCUACAAAGAUAAAUCGAAAAUGUUAUUGUUGUUAAUAUUUUUGGUUGGAAUCUCAUUCAUUGCCUAUCAGGCCUUCUCGCUGAAUCGGUUGCCCAGCGUGCAACAGCUGAGACGCAAGCAUAAACAAAUGAUGCAGUCUCUGGGCAGCAAACAACGCGACGUGGAUGACUUCGACGGCAACGGCGCAGGUGAAGAUAAAGGUGGAAUUGGAGUUGGAUUUGGUGUUGGCGUUAAUGCCGCUGUAGCUGCCACUGAGGAUGCAGAUGCUAUUAAGAUAAUACGGGGCACACGUCUAUUCGACUAUGAUGCAUAUAAACCCAAUUAUCGUGGUCAUUUCAAGUGUCUGGAUGGCAGCAAGGAAAUUCCGUUUGACCAUGUCAACGACAACUAUUGUGACUGUGAGGCUGAUGGCAGCGAUGAGCCGAGUACCAAUGCCUGUGCAAAUGGGCGCUUUUAUUGUAAAUACCAAAAGAGGCAUUUUACGGGCAGAGGUCUGGACGUCUGGGUGUGGACGUCGCGUGUGAACGACAAUGUGUGUGACUGCUGUGACGGCAGUGACGAGUGGACGACGCAUCCCACCAAAUGCCAAAAUAGUUGUGCGUAGUUUUGGGACAUGCUUAGCAGAUCGCCCAUAUAGCAUCUAAUGUAGAUAACUAUCUCACUCUUACAUCUCAAGGAAGAUUAAUCCAAUAAUGUCGUUAAGUCUGUAAAGCGCAUCACAAGCGAUAUUUUCUAGAAUAUAUAUAUAACUGUAAAAUUACGAUAUUGUAAUUUAUUUCAUACCAUUUAAGUAGAUCUAAUAAAAAAUCCACAAACAAUUCA